AUGGCAGAAGAUCAAAUUCCCAAGUCCAAAUGGGAAGGCAAAGCCUCUGCUGAUCUUGAAGGCUCAUCAGCUGAACAAGUUUGGCCUCUCCUGGCCGAUUUCUGCAGCUUACACAAGUGGUUACCCGAUAUUGCCACGUGUUACCAAGUCGAUGGCGUCCCUGGCCAACCGGGUCUGAUCCGGUACUGCGCCCGUGCUCCUAUUGAUAAUGAUGAGUCUACCAUCAAGUGGGCUAAAGAGAAGCUACUGUCCCUCGAUCCAAUCCAACGGUGUUUGAGCUACGAGAUUAUUGAGGGCAAUCUCGGGUUUAAGUCGUAUGUUGCGGUAAUGCAAGUAGUCCCGAUCAACGGCGGAGAUGGCAGCAUUGGGUGCAAGAUCGAGUGGUCGUUUGUUUGCGAUCCGAUUGAAGGGUGGGGAUUGAAUGAUUUUCGUUCAUACCUUGACUCUUCUCUUCAAUUGAUGGCAGAGAAGAUGAGGGAGCAUACUCUUCAAUCUACCACUGGGUAA